UCUAUGAUGAGCUGACAAGGACUGUACUGCAGUGGAGGAAGAAAAUCGCUAUAUCUAAGGCUGAAAAAAUCUGUUACGGAUCCCAUAAGCAAAAUUUGGUACUUUAUCUAGAAGGAAACAUGAGUGUAGUUCCUAUUAAUCUCAGUAGCCCUGCUGCAAAAGAAUGGUUGUUAACAAGGAAAGACAGAAUACGACCAUGGAGUCAAUUUUUGGACUUCAAAAUGUUCCAUAUUCCCAACUCUUUUCCUAGAUGUACUAGCAGAGUUGUUAAGAACGUUGAAUAUUUCCAGAGCAAUUAUAUUAUCAUUUUUAUUGGACUAAUUGUCUAUUGCAUCUUAACAUCCCCCUUACUGUUAAUAGCUAUUGCCGCAUUCCUUGGAUCUUGCUACAUUAUCAAGUUGAAAAAUGAUUCAAGAGAAAUUGUUUUAUUUGGGCAAAAGAUGACACUUGCUCAUCAGUAUGCUUUAGUAUCACUCAUAUCCUUCCCAUUGUUUUACCUUGCUGGUGCUGGUCAAGUAGUCUUCUGGAUUUUAGGAGCUUCCUUCUUUUUUAUAAUGCUGCAUGCUACUACAUACCAGCUUCCAACAGAUAUCAAAGAAGGAGAAGAAGAAUUAAAAUCUGUUAUGGAAAUUGUGUAAUGAAACAAACCGAAAACUGAUCAAUUUUUUUUUAUAUGGCAUUUAUUUGUUUGGUAUUUUAUUGGUAUUAUUUAUAAAGAUUGCUAUUUAUUGUGUGUUAGUGCUGGCACUAUUUUUGCUUGUUAUACAAAGUACAGAUGAAAAUUGAUUGUUGGAUUGAAAAUAAAGAUUAUUUAGUUUUGUGGUUUUCUGAAA